AUGCUUGCUUUUGCCAAACUGAAAGGCCUGGAUUCUGUUGUCAGUGACAAGCAGUGGGCAGCUCACCAAGCAUCAAAGCCGGAACAAGUGCAUAACUGGAAUUCUAGACAUCUCCGCCCCCAGUGGGUUUUCUCUCCUUCCACAACAAGUCUCUUCUCAUGCCCGGCUUGUUUCCUCUUCCUUCAUCUCCCUCCUCCACACUUCAAUCUCAAACUCCUCAAGGAUCUAGUUAUGAUGAAGACCAUCUCAUAUGUGAUCGACCCAGACGGCGAUAUCGAGCUCGUACUGAGAGAGCCUAGUUCUCACCAGAUCAUCCCCGAAAUCCACUGCGAUGGCCCCUCAACUCAGGGUGAUCUGCCUGACUCCGAUUUUGACAACCCCCCUGCAAUUGGCCGUUACACCAUUUUUAACGAGCUCUACACCGAGCCAACGGCCACGACUGGUACUCAGAAUAUUGAAGAGGAUCAUGAGCCCCGGGAAGUUCAUAUGCGCAUCUCAUCGAAGCACUUGUCCUUUGUGUCCAGCACAUUCCGCGAUCUACUGCACCCUUUGCGCAACGAAGAUGCUUCUGCUCAAUUUUCUGCCUGCUCUUCAUCUCCUCCUCCCGCUUUUCGACCUUCUACCAAGAUUUACACGGUUGGCUGGGAUGCUGUGGCCCUUGCUAUUGUGCUUGAUGCCAUCCAUGGACGCCACGCAGAGAUCCCUCGAGUCAUCAACCUCGGGCUUCUUGUCCGCAUCACAACCGUAGUUGACCACUACAAAUGCCAGGAGGUGAUUCAAGUCUUCUUCGACCAUUGUCAGAGAGGAAUCUUUAGUCAAGAUGGUUUCCCUACCAUUCUCUGUAAGACAGCUCUUCUGUGGUUGUACAUCUGCAUUGUCUUCCCAGGAUUGGAGGGCAUCUUUGCAUCCAUGGCUUGUACGGUGUUGUCGGACUUCAAAGGAUCUGCUCAAAUCACUGCUAGAAUGCUUCCAAUCACAACCAUUCUCAGAAAGCUCAAUGAAAAGAGACUCUCUCUCAUCCAACAGAUCAAGGAUGGUCUUCAAGACUUACACAAGUCACUCCUCCAAGGAUCAGAAUGUGUCCUACGCGACCGUUUUUGCUCGUCGCUCACACUUGGUGUGUUAGUUCACAUGGUACACCAACAUGAACAUGCUGAGCCUCCCUUCAUAGCCCCCUUCGACGGGUACAGUGUUGCCACAGCUUUGAAGCUAGUGACAGAGUGCUCUGAGCCGGUGCCGCGACAUGACAAUCACGGAACAGAUAUGCCCAGAUACAUUGACCCUUACGAUGGCAUGACCUACCCUUGCAGCAUCAGAGGGAGAAUGACACCAGUGGUUGAGAAGGUCGAAGGGGAGCUUUACCGUAUGCGCCCGGCCGACUUCAAAGACUAA